AUGAACGUGUGGAGGAAGUUCUCUUGGGAAGAUGAUGUUCAACUUUCCCAGCGGCAAGUGGCUGAACUUCGCUUUCCUCCUCAACCGUUCCUCACCGUCAUCAAGCCUAGGAUUAUCGCUACAUUCGAGACUAGCAAAAUGAGCUACAUCACUCGCCGGGCUCUGUCCACCCUCAUCCCUCCCAAGAUUACAUCCCCUAAUGCACUUGGCGCCGCUCAGGAUGCUGCACGCAUGGAGCGUGUAGUCGGCUUCUACGCUGGUCUCCCCCGUGGUCCCGCUCCUACCCCCAAGCCCUCCGGAUUCCUUGAGCGCUACCAGGCUCGCUACUUCAACGGAAAGAAUGCUUCCGGCAUGCCCCUCGUCCACGUCAUUGGAACCCUUUUGGUUGUCGGCUACAGCAUGGAGUACUACUUCCAUUUGCGCCACCACAAGAACCACCCUCACUAA